AUGUAAAAUAAACCUCUAGAUUGGAUAUGUAUUGGAUGCAAAAACCUCAACUAUUCCUUCAGGAAGUAUUGCAAUCGUUGCCACACAUUUUCAAGGGAUGCUCCUGGCACUAAAUUUAUUCCUCUUGAAUAAACCAGCAUUAUCGAAACAUUAAAAUUAUAAGAACCUGAUCUUAAAGGCAGUGGACAUAGUACUGCUGACAGUGUAGAAAGUAACACACAAGAUUAUAAUGCAUUCCAUCAAGCUCUUUUCUUAGAAAAUUUGUCAUACACAUAAUAAGAAACAGUAAAAUAAAACUUCGAUUUCAUGAAACAAUGUAGAGUCUGUACAACUCAAAACUACUUUUACUAAUCUAAGUGUAAAUAGUGUGGGUUUAGAAUAUCUUAUUGA